AUGACAGUCUUUCCCGGCCCGCUCUUUGCUCCUUUCGUCGGUGGCUUCAUCGUUGAAAGUUACCUAGGCUGGCGUUGGACAGAAUACCUCACUGGCAUCAUGGGGGCCACAGCUUUUGUUCUGGAUUUAUUCUUUCUGGAGGAGACCUAUCCUCCAGUUGUGCUAAUUGGGAAGGCUGCUAAGCUUCGUCAACGAACGAGAAAUUGGGGCAUUCACGCGAAGCAAGAGGAGACUGAGGUUGAAUUUGGAGAGCUCAUUGGCAAGAAUUUCAGCCGUCCAUUACGAAUCUUGUUCACCGAACCGAUCUUUAAUGCUCUAGGCGUCAACUGGACUGGGACUCUUCUUGGAUGCGUCGCUGCCAUCCUGAUGCCUAUUCCGCUCCUCUUCUACUUAUACGGACCCAAGACCCGUGCGAAGAGCAAGUUCGCCAUGGAAUAUAUUGUAGCCGUUCAGGCUCACAAUGAUGAGCAUGGGGAAUGA